AUGGCACAGCUCGCGACGCUAUUCUGCCUGACUCUGGCCUUCUCUGGCGGCAUCAGCUUGUCCACUAGAAAUCAGAACACCAAAAAUGCCGGCAGGCAUCUUUCAGUUCAGCUUCCGGCACCUACACCCGCUUCUGCGCCAUCUCCGCCGAAUGUGAUCAUCAAACGGCCCGUUCACUAUCAUCCGCCACCGCCACCACCGCUGCCACAUUUCUACCCGCCACCACCGCCGUAUCAUCAUCAGCAUCCCUCGACGAAGUGUAAUUGUCCGCCCGGGCCACCUGGACCCCCAGGUCCUCCAGGACUCUCAGGACAUCCAGGCUCGAAAGGUGACAAAGGUGAUGAGGGCGAGAAGGGUGAGAGGGGAGCCAAAGGAGAGAAGGGUGACAAGGGCCACAACGGUGCGCAAGGAGCUCAGGGACCACAAGGAGCGCAAGGACCUCAGGGCCUUCCUGGAGCUCCAGGUCCACAAGGUUCUCAGGGACCGCCAGGCUCCCAAGGAUUCCAGGGAACACAAGGCUCACCUGGAUCUCCAGGUUCGCCAGGUUCCCAGGGACCUUUGGGACCACCAGGCUCGUCGGGAUCUCCAGGUUCACCAGGAGCUCCAGGCUCUCAAGGACCACCGGGACCGCCAGGACCUCCAGGACCACCGUCGCCCGCAUGGCCUAUACCACCACCUCCACAUAAUCACCAACCGCCGCCAAUCAUUUACCCUUACCCCUUACCACCCUACAACGGACAUCAAUCUCAUAAGGGAGACCAUCAUCAUCACCACGAGCAUGAGCCGCACAAUCAUCAUCAUAAAGGAGAGCAUCAUCCGCAUGAUCCGCACAAUCAUCAUCAUAAAGGAGAGCAUCAUCCGCAUGAUCCGCAUGAUCCGCAUGACCCGCAUGACUCUCAUAAUCCACAUGAUCCCCAUGGGCCUCACAAGCACCACAAGGCUCAAAAAAAAACGAUGACAACUGAUUCCGAAGUAAGAAAAUUCCAUAAGCUGGAAUCUGCUCAACCUGCGCCUCAAGAAAUUUCAACAGAUUCUUCUGAAACUGAUUUGGAAAACGCUCAGCCAAAUGAGGAGAAGGAUCUAAAGAGCGAAGAAGUCGAAGAUGAAGAUGUGGAGGCGCCUGAAGAGGAUGCGGCGCAUGAGCAGACAGAAAUGAAACCAGAUGGAGCCGAAGAGGCUCCGGAGAGCGAUGAAAAGUUUGAAGAUCAAGAAGAUGAGUACGAAACGAAUAGCGAAGAAAACAACGACAUAGAGAACUCUGAUCAGCCAAUCGAAGGCUAUUUAGUUCAGGAAAGAAGUGGAAAUAGGCCUUUGAUAUUAUCAAUAAGCAAACGUCGCAAUCCAUUUCAUAUAUAUAGAGAUAACGUAGAUAUUUAA